GCUUGCUGCCAUUGGCCGGGAAGAUGGCGCUGAACAGGAACCACUCGCAGGGCGGCGGGGUCACUGUCCCCCCCGGGGAGAGUAUUCUUAAGCAUUGUAAAGAUGUGGAGCUUUCCUUCAGCGAUGUGUCUGACAAGGCUGAAAUCUUCAAAGGCACCAAGAAGGGAAUGGUAUACCUCACCCCCUAUAGGAUGAUCUUUGUGUCUAAAGGCAAGGACCCCAUGAUGUCCUUCAUGAUGCCAUUCUACUUGGUGAAAGGGUGCUCUGUUGAGCAGCCUGUCUUCGCUGCCAAUUACAUCAAAGGCGUGAUCCAGGCUGAGGCAGGAGGGGGCUGGGAAGGGCAGGCUUCCUUUAAAAUGACCUUCAACAGCGGAGGAGCCAUUGAGUUUGGACAAUUGAUGUUCAGGGUUGCCACUAAUGCUUCCAGAGGGGCUCCUGCCCAGAAUACUGGCUAUGGCUAUAUGCCUGCCUUUGGGGGGUACACCCCUGCUCCAGGAGGUUAUUCACCUGCACCAGGGGGCUAUGCCCCCCAGCCAGCUAAUGGACCUUCCCCUUAUGUGCCCCCACCAAUGAAUGGAUAUGGACCAGCUCCACAACCCAUGGGAUACCCUUACGCACCACCUCCAGGCAUGUACCCACCUCCUCCUGACAUGAACCCCCUGUAUAUGGCUCCUCCUCCCCCCUACCCUGGCCCUCCUACUGCAGGACCUUCAGCUCCCACAGCCCCUACAGCCUGCAUGGAGCCUGGAAUGCCAGGUGGCAGUAAAGCAGCAGAAGCAGCUUCGAGUGCCUAUUACAACCCAGCCAAUCCCCACAAUGUCUAUAUGCCUAUGGACCAGCCGCCUCCUUAUGCACCUCCUGCUGAGAAAAAGAACAACUAACAGAAGGAACCCACCCACCAACUGCUCACGUUCCUUCUCCCCAAAGACACUUCUGUCCUCACCACCACCCCCUCAGUUCAGUGUAUCUCUAGGCUUCAUGUGUGUCUAAUAUACAUGCGUUGGGUGGCCUAACACCCGCCCUCUUUAAACACUGAGUGUGACAAUACAAGUGGAACAGCAAAAGCGGCAGCAGCGUUUUCCUGCCUGAUUGCUUUCCAUUCCAGGGCCAGAGCACUGUCCCUCGGAGGCUUUUGCCAUGAAUUUGAGGGGAGGGCUGAAAUCUUAGACCAGCAGAGCGAGCGCAUCACUAACGUAGGACUAAAACAUUAUGGCUUCUUGAUUUUUGAGUGAAGGAAAAUGGUUUGAGACAGUGGUUUUAAACUUCCUCUGAGGCAACCGUAAGUAAGAAGGAAAGAGGCAAUGGGCUGCUGCGUUUCCCCAUGUUGGUAUAAAGGAGGAGCAUGUUACAUUUUUCUUGGGUGCUCUUCCCUUUGUAAGGGAAUCGAGUGAAGUGCUGGAGGCUUGUCACCUCAGCUUCAUUGGAACUGGGCCACGUUGUAACCUGGGAGACGGCUCCUGAGACACACUCAACCUAGUUAAGCAUUUUGCAGUGUGGGCUUCAGUGUGGAGAGGCCAAGAACAAUGCUAACUAAGCAGUAGCAGCAAGGGAGUAUGAACUGGCUUUGGCUAAAUCACUGGCCCUGCGGAAAAGAGGAGCAAACACAGGUGCAGUUUUACACCUACCUUGGACACAGCAAAGCCCCCCGCAUGCAUCUGUCUCCUUUCCCAGGAAACCUGCCUCUCUCAAAACAGGAGAUGGCUAGAAGAAGUGAGAUGCCUCACUUGCUGGGGUGUGCAGACAUCCAAGGAUGCCUGGUUCUUCCUCCUCUCCCCUCUAUUGUGAGAAGCUUCUCUUCUGUAUUGUAAAUGUACUUCUGAGGAGAGGGGGAUGUGUUCAGUGCAGUGGAAGCGAGACUCUGGCCACCUGCAGCAGGUGG